CUACAGUGUCUGCAAACACUUCAGCUUUUCUCCUGCACUGCCAGCCGUCUGCAUCUGCCACAGCCUCUCACUAUGGUGUCCCACAAGGAGUUCACGACUGCCGGAAAGGUUUCUGGUCUGCAGGUGUGGCGGAUUGAGAACAUGGACCUGAAACCGGUGCCCAAAAAUCUUCAUGGCAGCUUCUUUACAGGGGAUGCCUACAUUCUGCUGCACACCACCAGCGCACCCUCCUACUCUAUCCACAUGUGGCUGGGGAAUGAAUGCUCUCAGGAUGAAAGUGGUGCGGCGGCCAUCUUCUCCACACAGCUGGAUGACUUUCUUGGUGGCAGCCCUGUUCAGUUCCGCGAGGUCCAAAACAACGAGUCGCUCACCUUCCUGGGUUACUUCAAGUCCGGCAUCAAGUAUAUGCAAGGUGGAGUUGCGUCUGGCUUCCAUCACGUGUCGACCAAUGAUGUGAAUGUGAAACGUCUGCUGCACAUUAAGGGCAGGAGGGUCAUCAGAGCUACAGAGGUGGCGAUGUCCUGGGCCAGCUUCAACAAAGGAGACUGCUUUAUCGUCGACCUGGGGAAGGAUAUUUAUCAGUGGUGUGGCAGUGGCUGCAACCGAUUUGAGCGUCUGAAAGCCUCCAAGCUGGCUAUUGAUAUCCGGGACAACGAGAGGAACGGCAGAGCCAAGCUGGUCAUGGUGGAGGAGGACGCUGAACCAGACGCCCUGAUUCAAGCUCUCGGGCCCAAAUCCGAAAUCGCCCCUGCAACUCCAGACGAUGAGCAAGUAGAAAUCUCCAACAAGAACAAGGGGAAACUCUACAUGAUCUCCGACGCCUCUGGCUCCAUGAAAACAACAGAGGUGGCAGAGAAAAGCCCAUUCAAGCAGGAAAUGCUAAUCAAUACAGAGUGCUACAUCCUAGACAAUGGAGUCGACAACAAUGUGUUUGUGUGGAAAGGAUCAAAAGCAACCACAUCUGAACGUAAAGCAGCCAUGAGUGCAGCGGAGCAGUUCAUCAAAGAGAAGAACUACUCCAAAAAAACAAUGAUCCAAGUUCUGCCUGAAGGGGGCGAGACCACCCUGUUCAAGCAGUUUUUCUCUGACUGGAAGGACAAGUAUCAAACCACUGGCCCUACAAAGGCCUACACUAUUGGCAAAAUAGCCAAUGUGGAGCAGAUUCCUUUUGACGCCUCCAGCCUCCAUGACAACAAGACCAUGGCAGCCCAGCACAACAUGGUGGAUGAUGGUUCUGGAAAAGUCGAGAUCUGGCGUGUAGAGGAAGGAGCUCGUGUGCCGGUGGACCCCAAGACCUAUGGCCAGUUCUUUGGUGGAGACUGUUACCUGAUCCUCUACACCUACAAAAAGGAAACCAAAGAUCAGUACAUCAUCUACACCUGGCAGGGGCUGAAGUGCACUCAGGACGAGCUGGCAGCUUCUGCUUUCCUCACAGUCCAGCUGGACGACUCCAUGGGGGGAGCUCCAGUUCAGGUGCGUGUGACACAGGGUCAUGAACCUCCUCAUCUGAUGAGUCUGUUCAAGGGCAAACCAAUGAUAAUUCAUGCUGGAGGGACGUCCCGCAAAGAUGGCCAGACCAAGCCGGCUGCCACACGCCUCUUCCACAUCCGGCAGAGCACUUCUAAAGCCACUCGUGCUGUUGAGGUUGAACCAUCUGCAGCUAGCUUAAACACCAAUGAUGUGUUUGUGCUGAAGACGUCCGGAGGUGUGUUUGUGUGGAAAGGGGCAGGAGCCAGUGAUGAAGAAAUGGCUGCCGCCAAGUAUGUUGUGAGUGUGCUUGGAGGACAAUCCACAGAUGUGCCAGAGGGUAAAGAACCAGAGUCAUUCUGGGCGGCUUUGGGAGGGAAAAAGGACUAUCAGAAAUCCCCAGCUCUUCAACGUACUAUCAAACCUGCACGUCUGUUUGGCUGCUCCAAUAAAACUGGCCGGCUAGUUGUUGAGGAGGUUCCUGGAGAUUUCACUCAGUCAGAUCUGGCCACCGAUGAUGUCAUGUUGCUUGACACCUGGGAUCAGAUCUUUCUUUGGAUUGGUAAUGAAGCCAAUGAAGUCGAAAAAACUGGGUCACCAAAAAUCGCUAAAGAUUAUGUGGAGUCUGAUCCCGCUGGCCGUUGCGGGCUGGCCAUUACUACCAUAAAGCAGGGGUCCGAGCCUCCAACCUUCACCGGGUGGUUCCACGCGUGGAAUGCAAACCUGUGGGACACCGACGCUCUGGCCAAAAUCCAGGCUCGCUUUUGAACCCAGUACUGCGUCCUUGUCUUUUCGUAUACAAGCACUUCCUGUUCCUGUGCCAUGAAUUGCAGCUUUCUUUCAGAUUGUUGAACUGCCCGUCUCACUUUAAGGUGCACUUUGUAUUUUUGGGGGGCUUUACAUUCUUGUUUGCCAAAAAUGGUAGUGGGGAUCGGAUGUAUCUAGUAUGGAUGUAACUUGCCAUCAUAGAAAUGAAAUCAAAUAGCUUAUUUAGUUCUCGUCAAACAAACAGUUUAUAUUUUAAAAGAGAGAAAAUUAAGUUUUUUUUUUUUAAGUUAGUCUAUUUAACUACAGUUUUAUUGAGCAUAAAGUCAUAUAAAAUGGAUUUUUAGUUGUGUACUUAAAGAUCUGGCUGUGAGAAUUGUCAUUUUUUAAAAUGCACUCAUAAUAGUAAAUUAAAGUCGCCCUAUGAUGCCCUUGUGAUUUUGCUGAAAGUCUUUUGACUAUUUAUUUGGUUUCUCUGAUUUUUAAAACCUGUUUACAUGUUAGUAAAAUUUCUUUUUCUUUCUUUCUUUCUUUCUUUCUUUCUUUCUUUUUUUUUUUUACACACAAGCCACUGAUAUGUUUCCAGCUUGUACUUUGAUGUUAUGUUAAAUAAAUUUUGAGUUGGUUUUGCUGUA